ACACUGCUGCGGAGCACACACGGCACGCGGUGAUGGGGAAAGCCAGCCCUGGCUGCUGCUUUUUUCAGCAAAUGUAAGUAUUUUGGCUUUUAGACAGAGUGGAAGCUCGGGGAGCCCACGGCAGGCAGGGCGGUCUGUGGUGCUUUGGGUGUUCUCCUCCCCUGUGUGUUCUCAGGCACAAUUCCAAGAGGGAUUUUGGAAGGAAGGCUUUGCCUGAGAGCAGUGGAUAUUUUUUACGCACCUCAUAGGUUACAGCGACAGCAAGGACAGAGCAAGGACUGUGGGAGUCACUGCUCACUGGAAUUGGUGAAGUGUCCCAGGAGGGCAAUUUUGGUACAGAUAAAAACCAGCGCGGAUGGAAACGUGGCAUGAGCCUGAGCUGAGGCUUCAUCUGAAACAGUGCAAACAGACCUGCCCAAAUGGCACUGUUCCCAGGCAGCACCGCGGCAGUGGGUGACAUGGGACAGAACCAUGAGAGGCUGUUGGAGAGCCCUGAACUCAGAGCUGGCACAGUUUGGGCUGCCCUGUGCCAGGAGCACUGCCCAGCUCCGUUCCAUUUACUGGAGCAGUACAUCCUGGCAGCACUGGGAGCUCUCCCAGUCCCAGGCCUGGCUGAUUUCUGCCCAUUUCCUCAGCUGGGAGAGAAGCAUUCCCACCCCAGACCAACGCACAGCCAGCUGCUGGGAGAUAAACAUCCCAAUGCCCACGGCAAGGGAGGAAAUGGAACCUCGUUCUGCUGCAUUCUGGGUGGGAGCUGUAAGCACCAAAUCACAGCGUGUGAGGGGCAGACGGAGGCAACCACAAUGGCCCCAUCUCCUGGGACAGGAGGGACACCUCGGGCACAUCUUGAAUGGACAGUAGGAAGGCAUCAUCCUUUGGGAGACUGCAACUCCUUCCCAAAGCCCAUGGCGACCAUAAUGGAAUGCAGCAUCAUGUAAAGCUUUCAGGAAGGGAAGAUGUGAAAAACAAGCUGAGUUCCUGAGCAUCUGGUCUGGCCGCUUCUGAGCACGGCCCCUGGCUACACCGGCCGCUCAGCAUCCCUGGACAACACCCAUCACUGGGAGGGGCUUUGGCUCAUCACCAGAUCCCAGGGUGAAGGACAGGACCACUGCCCAGGAGCUCUGUGCUGAAAUGCUUCACAUGGCCGUGAUGAAGGUCUGCUGCAAAUCCACUCAGCGGUGUCACUUUCCUUCCAAACCUACAUGGCAAAAAUAAAAGAUGGAGGAAAUACCUGGAUGGACAGACAGAUCCAAGAAGCCUGGCUUUAUGGCAAGCCUUCCUUCCGGUUCAGUUUAUUUUCCAGUUAAUGUUUACCUGCACAUUCUCCAGAGGAGAUGUAGAACCCCAUGUCAAGGAGCUGCACACUUCCCUCGCCCAUUGAACCGCCCAAACCAGUUCUGAUUUGUUUGCUGCCCUCCUGGGAAUCACAGCCUUGAAUUCAGCUGGAGCCCUCUGGCCAAACACAUUGAUCUCCUGCAUGCAGCAGCCAGGUUACAGGGACAUCUCAUCAUGCAGCAAUUCAUGGUAGAGAUCCACUGUUGAAAAAAACAUCCAUAAAGGUACCUGAUGACCUUAGAGGCCUUUUCCAACCUUAAUGAUUCCAUGAUCCCAAACAGGGAGGAACUUCCUUGAGAAACAGAACACAUCAGAGCUCAGCUAUAUGUAGCACAGCUUGGCUUUCCUCCACCACCAGCUAGAAGAACAAGCUUCCACACUGCGGGCUGGGAGGGUUUGUUCCAACAGCAGAUCCUCAUUCCAGCAAUGCUUUUUAUCAAAGCAAGUGGUCAAACCAACACUCAGCGACCAACCCUCCUCUUCACCUCCACUUCCAGCUGCAGUGAAGCAAUGCCACAUCUUGAAGGUAUUCUUCCCUCGCUGGCAUUUCCAGGGAGAGAGACCACAUGAAGGAUUUCAGAAGAUACCUGGUGCUUAAAUACAUCCAGUACCUCGUCCUGUCAUCUUCCAAUACCAUCAGCACCCUGCUGGGUGUGCUGGGCAGUGGCUACGUGAUGCUCAUCCUGCAGUCCUCCAGAGUUUCCUCCAAAUCCACUGCAGUUUUCAUCUCCAGCCUAGCAAAAGCAGACCUCCUCAUUUUUGUGAGUGCUGUUGCUGAGCUUUUCCUGUGGUCCUCCAGUGUUGUUGUCCCACGCACAGCAUUCACAUCAGCACUGCUGCAGAACCUCCUGACGGCCAACACGCACAUCAGUGCGCUGCUGCUCAGCUGCGUGGCCGUGGAGGCAUACCUCAUCACCUUCCUCCCCACGGAGUCCCGCAGCCUGCGGACAGUGAGGAACGCUGGGCUGACAUCCAGGGCCAUCUGGCUGCUGGUUGCUGCUGAGUGCACCCUGCUGCAGGCUGAUGAUGUCCUGAAGGCCAGCAGCACUUCUCCAUCCUGCAGCCCUGGUGUCUGGCUGCUUCACCUCUCCAGCGGGGCUGCAGCCCUCCUCAGGGCCCUCAGCUACCUCCUGGGCAUCCUUCUAAGGAUUGUCAACGUCUACAUCUACUACAAAAUAUUCUUCAGCGUGUCCAACAGAUCUUCAGUGAGGACAAAUUAGUGGGCAUGGCCAGAGGGAGCGGCACAUCAACACCAGGCAGAAGACACUCCAACACAAGGGGUUUGGAAACCUUCCAACAACCAGGAAGCCAGGGCUCGUGUUUUGGAGCACAAAUGUGUCCUGUUUCCUGAUGCUGUUUGCUUGGUGAUGAGGAUUGUGGAGGCCUGAGGAGACCUGGAACCCACAGGUUGUGCAGUGGAGCAACACAGUCCCACAUUGGGUAUUCUCAGUCCGGAGUCUGCUUGCUCUGCAGGUAAAACAAACAGCAUUUCAUGAAGGACAGCGAGAAGUGAAGCAAUCCAAAUAUACCUAUAUAAGAAACAAUGCUUAGAGGCUUACUCAGGGAAGCACUGAGCCAAGAGCUGUAUAAUUGUAUACGACAACCAUUAUUUAUGUCCUACAAUCUCUAACUCAGGUGAAGCACGGGGCUCAGCAGUAGGAUCAGCAGACAAGGGGGGUUUGAGAGAUGAAACUACUUUGGUGUGUUCUGCAGUCUGUGUUCAUUCACAGCCCUUGCUACCUCCCCUCUCCCCCCCAGAUCUCUGCUGCUACAUCAGAAACCAAGCAGUGCUGUGGGUGUGCACGGCUGGCUCUAAGCAAUGAAAGCACCCAGCUCUUACCUCAGCCGCUUCAGUCCUUUACAGCAAUCUGAUCCUUUGACUGCAGUAAUAGACCUCAAAACAAAGCAAUGGAUAUGGUUAUCAUAAAAAAUAAUCACAGAGGCUAUCAGCCUAAGUGCCAUUACAACAAGUACCAGCAGUGUCAGAGGCACUGCCCGCAGGGAUGAGGACAACACAGGGCCAGAAUCACACAGAGGGCUCAUGGCAAAGCAGGGCAGCACCGAACCACAUGGCUUAAUGAGCUCUGCUGCAAUGCCAUCAGUUCGGACACCGCCAAGCAAAGCUGAUUCCUUCUGCAAGGAGGAGUUAAUAACUUGCUGUGCUGUGAUGUGUCCUGGUUUUGAAAGCUUAAAGAGAAACAAAACCUGAAGUGCUGUAAUCAAUAAAAUUCUGCUUGUUAAAGCACA